AUGAUCUUUAAACGAUACUUAUUCAAAGGUAAACCAAAACCAAAAUUUAUAGAAAAAACUGAAUUCCAUCAUGAGUAUUCCAUAAGACCAGAUACAUUUGCAUUUCGAGUACCAACAACUACCAAGAAACUAAAUCCUAUACAGUCGAUUUACCGUUAUGCAACAAAUUUUCCGUUUGAUCUGACUCCAGACACAGUUUAUAACUCGUAUCCCAUGACAAACUCAACAAAGCUAGCUAGACUCAGCCAUCGACCUUCACGAGUGAAAAUGACCACGGGGGAUUUCAUUGAGGAUUCAUUAUAUCAUCCGAGAUAUGGGUAUUUUUCACAACAAGUGGAAAUCUUCCAACCAGAAAAACCAUUUGAUUACAAUAAUAUCGAAGAUAUCGAUGAAUUUAUGGAUACUUGGCAUAAAUCAUAUGAACGGUAUGAUGUGAUAACGCCUCCUGCAUUGCCGGCACCUAAUUCUUCUUCCAAAUUUGCUUCCAUGGCUCAUGCAAUCCAACAACAAGAUAGUCAAGUUGCUCCUAAAUAUAGAAAAUCCUUACAAUUAUGGCACACGCCCACUGAAUUAUUUCAUCCUUAUUAUGGAGAAGCUUUGGCAAGAUAUAUACUUGUCAAUUAUAAAUUGAAUGUCUAUCCCUAUAACGAUUUAAUAAUCUAUGAAAUGGGUGGUGGUAACGGGACUUUGAUGUGUGAUAUAUUGAAUUACAUACGUGAGCAUCAACCUGAAAUUUACGAAAGAACUCAGUAUAAAAUUAUCGAGAUUUCCAGUCAGUUGGCCAGUAAGCAAAUGAAGAAUGCAUUGGAUAAUAAAUUAACUUCUCAAGGGUUGGAUUCUUCUAAAUUGGAAAUUUUCAAUAAAUCGAUAUUUCAAUGGAAAAAAGUUGUUGAUGACCCUUGUUUUUUUAUAGCAUUGGAGGUGUUUGACAAUUUUUCUCAUGAUUUAGUACGGUACGAUAAUGAUACUGGCAAACCGUAUGAAGGGAAAGUGGUUAUUGAUGAAAACGGUGAUUUUUUCGAAUUUUUCACUCCUGAAUUAAGUUAUUAUACAAAUGCUUAUUUGAAUUUGAGAGAGAAUAGUAAAUACUCAAUCUUGCAACAAUCUUCAACCGUUGGUGGUUACUUGUCAGCGUUGAAGAGUUUCUAUAGUGAUGAUGUUCAUCCACUAUUACAUUCAUCAGCAAAAUUGAAAUUGAAAAAUACCAUAUUGCCAUUUGAUAGUAAUUUGACACCAGGAGAAUUCAUCCCCACUAGAUUACUACAAUUCUUUCAAAUUUUAAAGCACCGGUUUCCUAACCAUUCCUUAAUAUCGUCAGAUUUCAAUUAUUUGCCAAAGACCAUUCCUGGCUGUUUCAAUGGUCCUGUGGUACAGACGGUUUUGCAAAAUCGAAUGGUCGAUGUGUCAACAUAUAUGGUACACCAAGGGUAUUUUGAUAUCAUGUUUGCUACUGAUUUCAACAUAGCAAGUGAGAUGUACAAGCAAGUCACAUCAAGAGUUCCUCGAGUGGAGUCACAUCAUGACUUUCUUGAACAGUGGGCUGACACUGAUAUAACGACUACAAAAACAGGAGAGAAUCCAAUGUUGGAUUUUUAUCGAAAUGUUAGUUUUAUGGUAAGUUAA